AUCGCUACAGUAGGACGGAGAACGUCAGGACUCAAUUUCAUCAAAUUUCUAUUACAACUAUAGUGGAGAAUUGUCUGCUAUGAACUGAAACUCUUCCUAAAAUCAAAAACAAGUAGAUCCUAGUGAAGUGACGCAUAAGCCAGUAGAUUCCAGUGUCGAGUUGUAAUUUUUUGCACCUCAAUGUAGCUAGAGGAAAUGGCUGUGGAAAGCAUGACUGUCCAUCCAAACUCCCCAACUACCAACCACGAACACAACAGUCUUCUGACUGACGAAAGGCCAGAGGAUGGAGAACUGGAGGAAGGCGAGCUGGAAGAUGAUGGGGGAGAAAUGGAGGACGAGGGGAUGGGUGGAGGUGCAUCCGCAGCAGGAGGAGGCGGAGAUGCGGGUGAAGAAGUAGGUGGAGGAGGUGAUGGAGGAGGGGACGAGGCUGGGGAUAGGCCUCGGCGAAGUAGGGAGCACCAUGCCAGCAGUGAUUCUGAGGAUGAGAGAUCCCACCGUCGCAAGAGGAAGAGGAAGAAAGAGAGGGAACGAGAAAGGGAGAAGAGGAGGUCGAAGAAGAAACGCAAAUCCAAACACAAACGUCAUGCGUCCUCCGAUGAUGACCAUUCAGACUACAGCGAUGACUCUGACUACAGUCCCAGUGAGAAGAGGAAGUAUAGAGAGUACAGUCCCCAGUACCCCCCUCCUUCUCACGGAGGCUACGGCGGCCCAAAGAAGGGCGGCUACAUGAAGAUGGACAAACAGAGCUACGGAGGCUACGAUGACUAUGAGGAUGACAACUACGAGGGAGAGGAAGACGAGGACAUGGGGGACGAAGAUUAUGAUGACUUCACCAAGGAGCUCAACCAGUACCGCAAAGCCAAGGAGGGAGGAGGUGGCCGUGGCAUGCGAGGGGGUAAAGGUCGUAUGAAGAACCAGAGAGGCCGUGGAGGGAUGAGGGGAGGAAGAAGGGGUAGAGGAGGAGGCAGAGGAAGAGGAGGACGAGGGGGAGGAAAGAUGGGAGGAGACAAUGACGACGGAGAUGGCUACGGAGACGACAUGGAGUAUGGAGAGGAUGACUACGACAACAUGGGGGAUGAUGACUAUGAUGACUACUCAAAAGAACUCAACCAGUACAAGAAGUGCAAAGACAGAGGCAGAGGAGGCAAAGGAGGCCGCGGGCGAGGCAGAGGUAAAGGAGGGCGGGGUAUGAUCAGAGGAGGAAAGGGUCGAAACCGAGGCAGAGGACGAGGUGACAUGGGUAACGAUGAUGACAACAAUGGAGACAUGGACAAUGGGGAUGGAGGUGGACUUGAUGGACCAGGGUUAGGGAGGAGGAAUCAGAAUGAGAAGCACCAGGAUAAAAAAGGAAAGGCCAUCUGCAAGUACUACAUCGAAGGAAGAUGCACCUGGGGGGACCACUGCAACUUCAGCCAUGACAUUGAGCUGCCGAAGAAGAAGGAACUGUGCAAGUUCUACAUAACUGGAUUCUGUGCCCGAGCCGACCACUGUCCUUACAUGCAUGGUGAAUUCCCCUGUAAGCUCUACCACACCACAGGUAACUGCGUCAAUGGCGACGAGUGUAUGUUCUCACAUGAAGCCCUGAAUGAUGACACUCAGGAGCUGCUCAACAAGAUGUUGGCAGAGGAUGCAGAGGCUGGAGCUGAGGAUGAGAAGGAGGUGGAGGAACUGAAGAAGCAAGGGAUCAACCCUCUCCCCAAACCUCCUCCUGGAGUGGGCCUGCUCCCCACGCCUCCUCGGCCUGUCCCUGUGGACACCAGCUCAGGGCCCGGGGAUUUUGGCGUGCCUGCACCAGUUGACUUUGGGGGUCUUCCUGGACCUAACCAGGGGCCCAUUGCCGGCAAAGGACCCCCAGGACCAGGGCCUGUUCCUGGUCCUAAUCCCUGUGCUGGUCCCCCUGUCCAUGGCCCUGAUGGAAGUCCCUUUCCAGGUGGGCCCCCAAAUCCCAGCGGCCCUCCUCCACACAUGGGCCCCCCACCUCCUUGUCCCGGAGGGGGAGGUGGCGCGGGGAAGAAAAUCCCCUCAUUGUUCGAGAUUAAAGUUCAGCCAACAGGACAGCUGGCUCAGAAACUGGCUGUCAGAAGCCAGACUCCCAGUGGCAACCAAGGUCAGGCUGCAGCGCCUGGACCCCAGGGUGCCCCUGGUGCCACCCCUCCCCGCUUCCCUGCUCCUCCAGGCAUGAUGGCCCCGGACAUGCAGAACAUGGGCCCCAACCUUGGAAUGAACCAGGGCCCCCCCAACAUGGGCCCUGGCGGACCGCCCAUGAUGGGAGGAUUUGCACCUGGUGACGGCCCUCCACACGGAGGUCCCAUGCCUCCAGGUCCCGCUCAAGGUGGAGGAAACUUCUUCAAUAACUUCUUCAAUCAGCAGGAGGGUAUGAAGAUGGAGGGAGUAGUACAAGAAGGUGACAGUUAUCAGGGUUUUGCUGGCAUGGAUGAGAGAGGAGGAGCAGGGAAGUUUGGUAAUCAGCCAGGUGGUCAAGAAGGUUCAGCCAAUGGAGCGUCAGCCAAUCAGGGAGGGAUUUCUGUUCCUGACUUUCUGCCUCCAGCCCAGCGUGUCCUGUUCAUGAGGAUUCAGCAGAAGCAGCAGGAGGAAGAGGAGCGAGCUCGCAGGAUCGCCGAGGGAGGAGCAGAGAAGAGUAGAGACACUGAGGGUGAUUCAGGGAACUGGUACUCCAGUGAGGAUGAGGAUGGCGGUGGUAGUGUGACUUCAAUCUUGAAGACGCUUCGUCAGCAGACCCAGGCUCCUCAAAAAUCCGACGGGCCCCCGAGCGACCCUCGCCUGCCAAAGGCCUCCCCUGCCAACCCUCCGGCUCGCCCAGCAGACCCCCGCUUGGUUCGGGAUCCACGCCUGGCACGUGCUGCAGAGUUGGCCCAAAUCUCUGACUCCGUCCACUCCAUGCCUGCUCCGUCUUCCUCUGGACCACCUGCAGACCCCAGGUUAGCUCGACUAGCUGCUGCUGCCUCAGCUGGAUCCACCUCUCACUCGCCUCCUGCUACUAAACCAGAGCCUCCUCUGGUCUACAAGCCUCCGCCGCUUACAGCCCCAGCAGUGGAGGAGGAGGAGACAGAGCGGGUUCUGCGGGACAAGCCAGUACCGAUUCCUCUCGACCCGCUCAUGGGCAUGGCUCUGAGAGACCCACGCUCUCAGCUGCAGCAGUUCAGCCACAUCAAGAAGGAUAUUGUUCUCCACAUGCCGGCUUUUGCCAAAACCAUCACCUGGUCACCUGAAGAUCUCCUUCCACUCCCUAUUCCCAAGCAGGACCUCCUUCCACUCCCACCAGGCAUCCCUCCUGUGUCCUCUCUAGACCCGCGUCUGUCCCGUGCUCAGCAGCAGCACCACACAUCGCUCCCUCACACACAGCCUCCUCCCGGACAGUCUCCUCCCUCCUUGGACCCACCUGCUUCCUCCUCCACUUCCUCCCUCCCGGACUUUGAGCUCCUGUCUCGUAUCUUGAAAACGGUCAACUCCAGCCCGUCCCAGACCCCGUCCCCUCCUCUCUUACCCACCCCUGCUGCCCCUGUUUCGCUUUUGGGUCCACCUCCCACCAUGCCUCCUGCACCUGCUGAAAAGCCUGCAGACCCCCGUGUGGCCCGUAAAGGCCCCUCAGACCCCCGUCUCCAGCCGCAGAAGUCAGCAAUGAAGCAGCCAUCAGAUCCUGCGCCUCCUCCUGCCGCCUCCACAUCACCAACAACAACAUCUAGCUCCCCCCCUCCCACCAUCGCCCCCUACGACCCAAGGCUGCUCUCCUCAGGUGGGGCAGGGCGUGGUGUCGGGGCUGGGGCACCAGGGGGAGCCAGUGUGCUGAGCAGCAUCAGCCUGUAUGACCCUCGGACUAACAAACCAGGUAGCCCUGGUACCAGUGGUGGCUCUAACAACUCCCCCGCAGCUAAUACAGAGUCCAAACCCUCAGAUCCCACGACGGGUAAACCCAAGUCCAAGGAGCCCCUCUUUGUUCGGAAGUCUGCGUUGGACCAACCAGAGCCAGAGAAAAGUGGAGAACAGGGGACGGAUCGAUACAACAGCUAUAACAGGCCCCGGCCUAAGCCUGCACCCUCGCCUAACUCCACCGCGCAGGGAGGGCUCACUGCAGCCGGAGCAGCUGCAGCUGGUGGUCAGGGUGUUCCUGGAGCCACUGCAGACCAGGGCCCUGCGGGUGUCCACAACCUACCGGUGUCCUCUCUGUUUGGCGUGGUGAAGCAGGCGACAAAGCCUGGCGGGACAAGUAGCCCCUUUGGAGGAAACAGCCCGGCGCAGCCCGAGCAGGCGGCCACAGAGCAGGACAACGCCUCACUGAAGGACGUUUUCAAAGGUUUUGACCCCACGGCCUCGCCGUUCUGCCAGUGACCCCCUGACCCUGGAACCAUGACGCCCGUCACGUGAUUGGCCGUUGGCUUGUUUUAACAUUUUUGGAAACUGAGCAGAAUAAUGAAAAGGAGAGAGAAAAGCGCACUGAGGAAACUACCUGUAAGACUGGUUAAGACAGACUUUGUGAACAAACUGAUGUUACAAACCACGUUUCGUGCUCACACAGACACACUUUACCCCAGUGUUGCAGAUUCAGAUUCUAUAAAAGACACCAGGGUUAUGGGAAGGGUUUAAAAUGAAAUCUCUAAAUCUCUAUUUUAAACAAAGUUAUUGAUGUAUAAAUAAAUGUGAUCUCUCAAUGUUUAAUGAAAACAGUUAUACAACAGCAAAAACAAAUUUCUAUUCACAUCUUGUUUCAUUAUUCUUUUCUUUUCAGUUCUAUUUUUUUAAGGUCUUUUCACCUGUAAACUGUUUGAUGUGCUUGUCUGUAUUUUUGGGGCAGUUAAAGUUGGCAGUGCUCUCGGCAACAAGUGAACAGAUAGGUAACAUUGUUUUUCUCAGAUUUUCACAACAAAAUAUUUUUCAUUUGUGGCUUUUUUAUGACUAAAAAACAGCACUGAGGCAACUCCUUUAGCCCCGUUGCCCGUCUGAAACAUAUUUCCCUCCGCGUCACUGCCUUUGCAUUCACUGUCCUCUUUAUUCCUUUUAGAAACUGUUGAGUUUUGUCAAAGAAAAGCAUAUAUUUUGUUAUUAUAACUCACCGCGUCCGUUUCGGCAGAAACACGUGCGGAUUCCUAAACUUAAAUCUAUAUUCUGCUUGAUUUGUUUUUUAGUAUUUAUUUUUCUACUUCUUUGCACUCUCAGUUUGUGUCCACUGAGGGUUGUAUUAAUAUUUUUAAUGUCUGUAUCUCUUCCAACUGUUAAAAUACUGUCUCAUUUCAGGUAUUUAGCUCUUACCCAAAACACGUAACUUUGCUGUUACAGGAAGUGACCUGUGACCUUUCAGUACUGCCUCUCUACACUACUGCACCCCCGUUGUUCCUUUUCAACCCAUGGAUUUGAAUUUUCCCUUUGUUGCUAAAUGGAGAAAAGCUUUCGAGUGAAUGUUUUGCUUUAUCACUCACUGAAAAUGGAAAGCAGACACGGAAAAAGGAUUUUGCUGCUCAGACUAAUGGCACACACGUCACCACGUCCCUCUCCAGUGGCACAUUUUAGCUGGCUGAUGAUUAGCCAUAACAUUAGUGGUGUUAAAGGGACAUUUAACAAGUUUCUGUGUUUUCUCUCUGCUGUAAAGGUGAUGCUGCCCAAAGGCUCAGCCUCUGAUUGGACGGCCUUGGUCAGCACAGGACUCUUUACUUCACUGAUUCAAACUUCUUCUAGGUUUUAGCUUUUAGUUAUUUUGUCUUAUUUAGUGUUUUGUUAAGGAUGGAAAAGAAAUCCUACAGGACGUGACUGCAGAUCUCUGAGGAUGGAAAAAGUCGCAGCCUUACAGCAUCAGUCCACAGGCUUUUGGCUCAGUGGUUGGUGGCAGUGUGACAAUCAUAAACUAGACUUGGACCUAAAAUUGAAUGAAUGCAUGAAUCUUGCGCUGAUCUGUGCAGGUGCGCCCUCUACUGUCAGUCUCAGCUCUGCAUGAAGAGAACAUGAGCUGAGCACCACGAGCUGAACAUGUUCCCGCUUCAUGGUGAAAGUGUUCACAGUUAGGAUGAGAGUUUAAAUCUAGUUUCUGCAGCGUCUGAAUCAGGGUGAGGAUUGGUUUUUGUUCCCAGUUUGUCUGAUGAGCCAGAGAUUUCAUUGCCAGGUUUAAAUGUGGGGUCACUGCAGUGGAGCUGAGAGACGUCUUUGACUUCCAGAAGGUUUAGAACAUCUGUCAGGGUCAUUGUUGACUGUCUUGUGUAUAAAUGUUGAUCAUUCUAAUUUAUUUUUUUUUAUACUUGGGUAAAUAUACUUCCUCAUUUGUCAUUUUUGAACUGAACCGUUUUAUAUGUCAGGAUUAUUACUUACCACUCACUUCAGUGGGAUGCAGGCAGCCUGUAACAGUGUGAAGAGAGAAGAAAGGCAUAUUUUUUUUAUUUGGUUUUGUGUAUAAAGACUCAGACUAACGAAAGAAUUACUAUUGAACAAGCCUGUUAGGAGGUUGGCCAUCAGCUAUAGCAAGCGUGAAAGUUAGUGUUCAUUUGUUCCUUUACGGCUUUGUUGUUCUGUAAAGUUGUUUUAUGUGUUGUUUUUUUUUCUUGCUAUGUAAAUUUGACCAGUAUCCUGUCUUUGGAGGGUGGAGUUUUCUAACUGUACACUGUUGGUGAGGUCGUCAGAGUAUUUAAAUAAAGUUGAUAUAUGAUCAACCA